GGAGGCGUGAGUGAGGAAGGCUAUAAGACUUCUCUGCCUUUGUUCCAUCCCUUCUGUGGAUGAGACUGACUUCUGUCAACAUGACUACCCCUCUGUUCAUCGCUCUGUCUGUCCUGGCUGUGCUGGCCCUUGGGUCAUGUCUACCUAUCUUUCCUGAGGAGCAGCCCUAUGUGGAGCGUGCUGGUAUCCAAUACAACGCUAGGCCUUACACCUCCUUCCUCACUGUGCCCAAUGGAGAGCAGUUUGGGAACUGGACCUGGCCCGAGAUGUGUCCCGACAAGUUAUUCGCUGUUGGGUUCAUGCUCCGAGUAAGCAAGUGCUCCUUCAUAUAUUUCAAACACAUCUACCAGUUUGGAUAGCAUUUCUUUCAAUUAGAGUCAAUUCAGGGAUUACAUUUCAGUCCUCUGUGGUCAAAAUGCCUAUUUUCGAAUACCCCAUUUUUCUACUCAAUUCAAAUCAUACAUUUGUUUGAAUCCAAAUGUAUUUGUGGUGUUGAGCCGUUACCAAACAUGAUCAGCACAGUUGUGUAUUACGAGACCAUUCUUCUUCUGUUUGAGCUAGUGCUAGCAUAUGUCCAUUAACCUUCUCUCAGGUGGAGCCCGAACAGUACGGUCUGGACGACACUGCCCUGAAUGGCAUUCGCUUGAUCUGCGCUAAAGACAAAGAUAGGAGCUUCUUGUACACAAUUGAGUCUCACACUGGAUUGUAAGUACAGACUAGAACAACGUGCCUCAUAUCGACCUAUCACAUUGCUCAAUUUCCUUUUAAGAUACAGGUUUAACUGUAAAAGUGCAUUUCAAACUAGAGUGAGGAUGACAAAUAACAACAUGCCUCUUAUCGUCCUAUUUCAUUGCUCAAAGUAGACACAAAUGGACUUAUCAGUUAAACCCAGAAUCUUCAAACUGCGGUGAUAUGACAUGUUAUUCAGAAGGCGAGGUCAGUAAAGAUGCAUCAAAGCUGGGACCGAGAGACUGAAAAACAGCUUCUAUCUCAAGGCCAUCCGACUGUUAAACAGCCAUCACUAGCACGUUAGAGGCUGCUGCCUAUAGACAUAGACUAGAAAUCACUGGCCACUUUAAAGAAAUGGAACACUAGCCACUUUAAUAAUGUUUACAUAUCUCGCAUUACUCAUCUCAUAUGUAUAUACUGUAUUCUAUACUAUUCUACGGUAUCUUAGUCACUUUAAUGUUUACAUAUCUGCAUUACUCAUCUCAUAUGUACAGUGAGGGGAAAAAAGUAUUUGAUCCCCUUCUGAUUUUGUACGUUUUCCCACUGACAAAGAAAUGAUCAGUCUAUAAUUUUAAUGGUAGGUUUAUUUGAACAUUGAGAGACAGAAUAACAACAACAAAAUCCAGAAAAACGCAUGUCAAACAUGUUAGAAAUUGAUUUGCAUUUUAAUGAGGGAAAUAAGUAUUUGACCCCCUCUCAAUCAGAAAGAUUUCUGUCUCCCAGGUAUCUUUUAUACAGGUAACGAGCUGAGAUUAGGAGCACACUCUUAAAGGGAGUGCUCCUAAUCUCAGCUUGUUACAUGUAUAAAAGACACCUGUCCACAGAAGCAAUCAAUUACCCAAAACACACACCCAAGGCAACAAAGGAGUGGCUCAAGAAGCAGCACAUUAAGGUCCUGGUGUGGCCUAGCCAGUCUCCAGACCUUAAUCCCAUAGAAAAUCUGUGGCAGGAGUUGAAGGUUCGAGUUGCCAAACGUCAGCCUCGAAACCUUAAUGACUUGGAGAAGAUCUGCAAAUAGGAGUGGAACAAAAUCCCUCCUGAGAUGUGUGCAAACCUGGUGGCCAACUACAAGAAACGUCUGACCUCUGUGAUUGCCAACAAGGGUUUUGCCACCAAGUACUAAGUCAUGUUUUGCAGAGGGGUCAAAUACUUAUUUCCCCCCUUAAAAUGCAAAUCAAUUUAUAUAACAUUUUUGACAUGUGUUUUUCUGGAUUUUUAUUGUUAUUCUGUUUCUCAAUGUUCAAAUAAAUCUACCAUUAAAAUUAUAGACUGAUCAUAUCUUUUUCAGUGGGCAAACGUACAAAAUCAGCAGGGGAUCAAAUACUUGUUUCCCUCACAUACUGUAUUCUAUACUACUCUACUGUAUCUUAGUCCAUGCCGCUCUGACAUCGCUUGUCUAUAUGUAUAUAUUCUUAAUUCAUUCCUUACUUAGGUUUGUGUGUAUUGGGUAUAUGUUGUGAAAUUGUUAGAUAUUACUUGUUAGAUAUUACUGCACUGUCGGAGCUAGAAGCACAAGCAUUUCGCUACACCCGCAAUAACAUCUGCUAAACACGUGUAUGUGACCAAUAAAAUGUGAUGUGAUUUAUUCCAUGUCACGUUUUUACUCUCUACAUAAUUUGCCUCUUUUCUCUCUCCCUCUGUCUCACAGCUAUUGGUCAAAGCUCAUUCCAGACUGCUGUGAUGGUCAAAUAUUAUCCAUGUCACAUCUUCCCUCUGUUUGCCUCUCUAUCUCCACACCCCUCUUCCUCUCCCAGCUAUGGUGACUGAUCGGACCCACAGUAUUGCCCCAGGGGUGUGCUGACUUCCUUCCAGCUGCGUGUGGAGCACCACCAGGGUCUGUUCGGUAACGACACAGCCGCCAACAACAUCAGGUUCCGCUGCAGCAGCAACCCCACCCUCACAGGCGCCGGCCUGGACUACGGUGAGUACAGCCUCUGGAGCCAGGAUUGUGGCGACGGAGGAAUCUGUGGCAUCGAGACCAAGAUGGAGGAAUACCAGUACGGUCUGGAUGACUCCUCUCUCAAUGACGUGCGCUUCCACUGUUGCGCCAAACUCCAGCAGGUGAGAUAAGACGAUUGUGAUACCGGAGCAUUUAUCAUAGAGGGUCUGAAUGAGUUGGUCUUGUGUAUGAUAUUGAUAUCACGGCAGCUCUGGAACACUAAAAAAGUAUAUCACUAAUUUUCUAACCCUGUUUUUUUGUCUUAUCCUCACAGUAAUCAUCUGAGAGAGACACCUCUUUUGGACCAGUCUCAACCAACCAACCUAUCAGCCCAGACCGGUCAACACACAGGCUCUGACCCAUGGUCCAUUCAAUGCAAUCUACACCCAAUACCUGAAUCUACCACUGGUUCAAACCUAAUAAAUCAUUCAACUGUCUCUUUUAUGUUUCCUUUGUUCAGUGAGGCUGAAACAAAUUACAUAUCACCUACUGAAUAUAACCCACUCAUCUAAGCUUAAGAUCCCCUCUAGAUCUCUCCACAAUACGCACUGAAAUCCUCAUCAGCAUGAGAAGAGCAUGUUUUCAUAGAGCGUCUCUAAUGAACCAAUAAACUCAAAGCAAAGUCAUAACAAAGAUGUGCUCACAAAAUGGAGGUGCUGACACACGCAUUUCUCCUCCUGGAAAGGGAGCUAAUUAAGAAAUGACAAGGGUUAUUAAUUAAUUUACAGUUUAAAGGCCUGACGGCGUCCGAUAAGGCGGCGAUUGGCAUUCACAGAGGUAAUUGUGUUAAUGUGUGACUUUAUCAAGCAGCGCAGUAAUGGUUUUCACCAGAUACUCAAACAUGAGGCAUACUGAUAAUGACCCAUAAUUCACUGCUCUGGACUUUCUCUUUUAUCCUAAUGAGUGAACUUCUGGUGAACUCAAGUUAAGUUCAAAGUGUACUUGUUGAAGGUGAGGAACAUUUUGUUAAUUUAUUGGCCUCCUGGUACACAAUACUUUCAUUUAGUGUGGGUUAGAUUAGAGUGUGAUAGUAAAGAGUGAUGAUUGGUAAUCUAUAUAGGUAUGUUGAUACUUUGAAAGAGUCCUUAUAAGACCAUGAAGUGUUUUAAUGCAGACACAAAAUAUGCAUUUCUUUGCUGAAUCAUAAGCAGCAUCAGAGGUAGGUAAAUCCAACCAGGUGACUGGCAUGAUCGCUAGAUGGCAGUGUUAUCUUAGAGGUAAACUGACAUUUACGUCAUUUAGCAGACGCUCUUAUCCAGAGCGACUUACAGUUAGUGAAUACAUAUAUAUAUUUUUUUAUACUGGCCCCCCAUGGGAAUCGAACCCACAACCCUGGCGUUGCAAACGCCAUGCUCUAUCAACUGAGCUACAUCCCUGCCGGCCAUUCCCUCCCCUACCCUGGACCAAUUGUGCGCCGCCCAUGAGUCUCCAGGUCGCGGCCGGCUGCGACAGAGCCUGGAUUCGAACCAGGAUCUCUAGUGGCACAGUUAGCACUGCGAUGCAGCGCCUUAGACCACUGCGCCACUCAGGAGACAUAAAGUUGCCAUCCAUAAAGUUACCAUCCAUCCACUGACAUGGUUCAGUGGAUGGAUGGUAUGACAGAACCAACUAGGUAAAAAAAAAACAGUAUACACAGUGUAGAUGAACAGAAAUGAUUAAGUGAUCUGAUGGCGUAGACAGUUUUUGUGUGUCCUCUUACAGUUUGCAGUAAAUCAAUUAACCUUUAUGGCCCUCUGGGCCCAGAAUGGUAUGCCUUGAAUUAACCUUGGCGUAUCAUUAUACAAAUAUAAAGAUUUAGUCUGAUAAAUUCCCAUCUUAAUACAAGAUUAUACAAAAUCUCCAGACAAUCAGUAUGCCACAUUCAGCAGUUUUAUCCCAAACCCAACAUCAGCUCAGGUCUUAGUGGUAAACCCCAUGGGCCACAGUGCUUUAGGCCUAAGUACAGUUGUUCAAGACUAGAACUGCAGGCUUGAAAUGAGGAUUUUUGACAUGCUCUAGUGGUCCACCUAGUCCCCUUGGUCAUUUAAUAGCUAUUAACGCUUCCAGUAGUGGACAAAAUGGAUAUGAUGUGGUUGUGGUGGCAUAGCCCUCAUUAUAAUGACCCUGUCCUCCCCAGGGCUCCUAG